AUGGCGUUUCACCCAGAGUUCAUGACCAAUGGACGCUUCUUCGUCUCAUACAACUGUGACAGCAGCACCUCACCGGUCUGUGGUGCCGGCACGUGCUGGGGUUCUGCUGCGGAAAUGGCUCCCAGCUGUGCAGGCAACUCGCGCUUAUUCAUCAGAAGUGAGGAGGAUCUUCACCAUGGGUUUGCCCUACCCGCACACAUCAUAUUCCUACCAGCAUCAUGGCGGACAGAUCCUGUUCGGCCAAGUGACAGCGAUGGAUAUCUGUACCUAGUUACUGGCAAUGGUGAUUUCUCAAAGAAGCGGGAGGAGAAAACAGAUGGACAAGUGACCGUGCCACUCGAGAUAGAGAAGCCAGAGAUCUUUGCUGCGGGUCUGAACAACCCAAACGGAUGCAGUUUCGACUCCAACAGGCCUGCCUACUUGUACUGUGCGGACGUCAAUGAGGAGCAGCAGGCGCAGCGCCUCUGCUCAGGUCCCCAUCGUCAGGUGCUCCAGGAGCAGCCCUGUGCCCUGCAAUGGCUUCAUCGGCAUCACUGGGCGUGUGCUGUCCUAGACGCCUUCGUCCUCGCCACCAGAGGCGUGUUCCGACUUGUUCCACCCAGCCUAUGCGGCGUCACUCAGCCACUGCCGCAGCCUGCACGUGGUGCAGGCUGGGUGCUGUCCGUGUUGGGAUAUGCGCUGUUGUUUGCGCUCUACCUGGUCUGGAUGACAGUAUUUGGCGGCGGAGGGCAGAUUAAGAGAAGCUGUAAUGAGUGCUUCCGCGAGAUCAGUUGCUGCACCUUUUAUUUCUGGGGAACCCGCAAGAGAUCAGCUCGUAUUACUAAGAAAAAGAGGGUGAGGUGGACAUGGGAGCUUGCUGCAUGA